AGAUCCAGUCUCAGCUUGACAUGGCAACACAUGGUGAAGGGGGUUUCACCGUCUUCGUAGGUCUUAAUGGCUCAAGGGAAGACCUGGGGCUGGAGCCAACCAACUAUUUCAUGUACUCAGGAAAUGACCUGGAUGAAAUAAUGAAUCGCUACCUGGCUUCUUCCAGAGAAGAAGCCGCCAAGAACAUCCCAGUCCUGUUUGUCACCUGCCCGUCAGCCAAGGACCCCACCUGGGAAACAAGGCACCCAGGUAAAUCUACGCUGGCCAUCGUGACCUUUGCCAAGUACGAGUGGUUUGAGGAGUGGAAGGACAAGCAGGUCAAUAAGCGGGGAGAUGAUUACGAGGAGUUGAAGAAGACUUUUGUGGACACCAUCAUGCAGACUGUCUUCAAGCUCUACCCUCGCAUCGAGGACAGGAUCGAGUACAUCUCUGGAGGGACACCCCUCACCAACCAGCACUACAUCGCCAGCCCCAGGGGGGAGAUCUACGGCAUCGACCACGGCAUUGCCCGCCUGCAAGCGGAAGCCAUUGCCACCGUGAGGGCGCAGACGGCUGUCCCCAACCUCUACCUGACAGGGCAGGAUUUGUGCCUGGGUGGCUUUGUGGGAGCCCUGCAAGGAGCCCUCAUCUGCGCCAGCGCUGUCCUCAAGCGCAACCUCUACGUCGACGUGGCGCGGCUGAAAAAGCGCACGCAGGCCACCGAGGCCAAGAAGAGGGACUAA